AUGCCGAAGGAGCGUUCAAUCAACCCAGCCGCGCAGCAGCGCAAGGCCGACAAGCAGAAAGAGAUUGCCAGGAACAAGAAGCACGUGCAGAAUCAGCGCAACGAGAAGCUUGCCAAACGAAAUCCGGAGCGCCUUCAGAAGCAGAUCGACGAGUUGAAAGAGUCGGAGGCUCGCGGCGUCCUUCGUCCCAAAGAUAAGGACACCUUAGCCCAGCUUGAGCGGGAUCUGAGAGGCGUCAGAAGAGCACGCGAAGCAUUAGGCGAUGCCGCCCCAAAGUUUCCAAGCCACGAGCGCAGGGAAAGGCACGAUCCUCGACAAGAGCAGCGCGAACGCAGACAGAAUCUAGGCAAGCGGCGUAGAGAAGAACAGGAAGCGGAAAGCAGUGACAGCGACCCGGAGGCCCGGGAUAUACCCAUGCCACGGGACACUCCACCGCCUAUCCCACGACAAGAGCGCAGGCCUUUCGUCGAUCUACAAGUAGGCCCGGAUGGUCAGCGAGUACCUCAUGCACUACCGGCAAAGCCAGCUGCUCCUCCGCCUCCGCAGCUGGUUUACACGAGCGCGCCACAGAUCAGAGACCUGAAGAAGGAAGCCACACGGUUUGUGCCUUCCGUUGUUGCGCAAAAGAAAAAGCAAAGCAAGGGUCAAGGACGGCUGCUGGAACCUGAAGAGAUCGACAGACUUGAAAAAUCAGGAUACUACGCUGCCAACAAAGCAGCUGAGGAGGCUAGUCUCGAAUCAAGGUUUGAACAGACUGCUUCUGAAGUGCGCGCGGAAGCGCCAGAGGUUGACCUGGACGAGGAGAUGCGAAGGUUUGAAGAGGAGAUGAAAACCGAGAUAUUUCCCUCGCAAGCGGAAUCAGUCGCAAGCAAGAAUGUCCAGAUGGAAGAAGUCGAUGACGACGGAAAUUGA